AUGGCGCCGUCGGGGUUCUUCCAGCUGAUCUCUGGGCUUGCGUUGACCAGCGUCCAGACCACAGCGAGCCUGACGUCGAGAUUGACCAGCAUCUACACUUAUGACGACUCCAAGCUGUGCACCGGCAUCGCCUCCCUCGUCGAGAGCGAAGGCUACCCUUUCGAGAGGCACGAUGUGGUCACCCAAGACGGCUACAUCAUCGAAAUGCACAGGAUUCCUCGAGGCAGGGAGCCGUGUCCGGAACCGUGCCACAGAGAACCUGUUUUCGCUAUGACUGGACUUGCGGCCGACUCUGCUACGUUUGUCUUCAACCUUCCACGACUGUCGUUGGGAUUCGUGUUAGCUGACAAUAAGUACGACGUGUGGCUUGGAAACUCCAGGGGCAAUGCUUACGGCAAGAGGCACACGAAGUUCGACCCGAAGUCAAGACGAUUCUGGGACUUCACUUUUCACGAGCACGCCGUGUACGACGUUCCUGCCCAGAUCGACUACGUCUUGAAUGCGACGAAACGCAACAACCUCAUCUACGUCGGCUACUCGCAGGGAACCCUCGUUUUCUUCACCAUGAUGUCCGAAAAGCCGGAGUACAACGACAAGGUGAAGGCUUUUGCUGGUUUGACACCGUUCAACAAGCUGGCCCACAUGAAGGUACCGCCUUUGGCACUCUUCGCUCCGCAUGCCGAGCCACUCCUGCAGGCUGCCUCCUUCAUGGGGCAUCAUGAAGUGCUCCCAAGGGGCCUCCGAAUUCUACCCUGGGCCCGGCGGUUCUGCGCAUACCUCACAAGAGGAAUCUGCACGUUUUUUGGAGACCGACUGAUUAACCUUGGCAGCAACUACGUCAAUGAGACGCGGUUGCCGCUGUACCUGUGCUUCGCUCCUUCUGGAACUUCCAUGAAGAAUAUUAUUCAUUUAGAUCAGAUGGUGAAGUCCAAGAAACCUCAGAAAUUCGACUACGGAGUAGAGAUGAAUCGUGUCCUCUACGGCCAGCGACGGCCGCCGCUCUACAACUUGUCCAACGUCAAGACGGACGUCGGUGCCUUCUGGAGCGAGGGUGACGAGUUCGUGGCACCGCAGGACGUGCGAGACCUCGUUCGGGACUUGGGACCCCGCGUCAAGAAGAACAACUACAUCGACGACGUGCAGUACACGCACGUGCACUUCAUUGUGGGGACUGUGAAUUCGGCCUACCUUAACAAGGACCUGCUCGAGUUUCUGGGACGGUACAGGGCGCCUGGACCCUGAGGUCAUCGUGGUACGCACGGUGCACUCCGGACGUUCUGCGCGAAACAACAACAACGGGGGCAGACAAAAUAAUGGUCACAUUUAAUAGACAUAGACUAUCACGAACAGUAUGGCCUAAAACAUUCUAUCCGAACUUUUUCUGCGUCUGUGGUCCCCACAAGCUCUCUUAUCUCCAUUUGCCCGAGUCCGAAUUAUGUAACCUCAACCAUAGCGUCCUAUAUACUGACAAAGCCUGGCAGAUUGCCACGAGAAGCGGCUGCCGAAAUGUCAAAAG